GCCAGCGCUACCCCCUCCGCCGCCAGCACGCCUGCUGUCCGCCGCCGCACCCACUCACCGCGCGCAUGCGGUGCACACCCGCCCAUUGUGCCUGAAACAUCUCAGUCUCCUCGAUUGGGGCGGGAAAUUGGUCAGCACACGCGAGGCGAGAGCCCCGACGGUAGGGCUCUAUGGUCUCUGGGCGCAUUCCAGCACCCUCUUUGUUCAACUCGACUGCGAAAUUGCGGCCUUCGGACGACAGCAGCGAGCACUCCACGUGUACCAUGGCCGUAUCGAUGCUCAAUACUCCUUCGCGCGCCUCGACGUCGUCCCAGAGCUCGUCCUUCGCACAGGUCACACGCCAGAACACAAUGAGCUCGCAGGAGGGCUCGCGCAGUAUGCGCGCAUCGAAGCGCUACUCGGUGACUGCGCUGUACUUGUCGAUGAACGGUCAAAGGGAUCUCGAAAUAGAAGAUGAUCUGGCAAGAGCUCAGAAAGCACUCCGGGAGCUGAAGGGCAAGAUAUCGUCACAGUCCAAGAAGAACUUCGUGCUUGAAAAGGACGUGCGCUAUCUGGACUCCCGCAUCGCAUUGCUCGUGCAAAACCGCAUGGCAUUGGAAGAGAAAGAAGAAGUUGCCAGCCAUCUCGACGACUCUCUGGAUUUGAGCGAGGGCUCCUUUCCCAACGACGAAAAGACGCAGAAGUACGGCAAUCUGCUUUUCCUGCUUCAAAGUGAACCUCGACAUAUUGCACACUUGUGCCGGCUGGUCACGAUGGCCGAGAUUGACCAGCUGCUUCAAACUGUCAUGUUUACAAUAUACGGAAAUCAGUACGAAAGCCGAGAAGAGCACUUGCUACUAACUAUGUUCCAGUCUGUUCUGACGUUCCAAUUCGAUCAUACGCCUGACUACUCGUCGCUAUUACGAGCGAAUACUCCGGUAUCACGAAUGAUGACCACAUACACGCGAAGAGGACCCGGACAGAGCUAUCUCAAGACGGUGCUUGCGGAGCGAAUCAACUCGUUGAUUGAGAUCAAAGAUCUGGACCUUGAAAUCAACCCGUUAAAGGUAUAUGAGAGCAUGAUUGGCAAGAUUGAAGCGGAUGGAGGAAACUUGCCGAGUGACCUGCCAAAGGGUGUGACGGCAGAACAGGCCGCGGCGAACGAGAACGUGCAGAGGAUCAUUGCCCCUCGCAUCGAAAUGCUCAUCGAGAUUGCUAACAGCUUUCUGAACACGAUCAUCGACGGCUUGGAAGAAACACCAUACGGCAUCAGGUGGAUAUGCAAGCAGAUUCGCAGCUUGACCCGGCGAAAGUACCCGGAUGCGUCGGAACAGACAUUCUGUACACUGAUCGGCGGAUUCUUCUUUUUGCGGUUCAUCAACCCUGCCAUUGUCACACCGAGGUCAUACAUGCUCAUUGAACGCACACCCGCCGAGAAUCCCAAGCGAACUCUCACCUAUGUCGCGAAGAUGCUACAGAACCUGGCGAACAAGCCUAGCUAUGCAAAGGAGCCGUACAUGCAGAGAUUGCAACCCUUCAUUCAGCAUAACAAGGAACGCAUCAACAAGUUCAUGAUUGAUCUUUGCGAGGUGCAGGACUUUUACGAAACACUCGAGAUGGACAACUACGUUGCGCUUUCCAAGAAGGAUCUUGAGCUGUCAAUCACGCUUAAUGAGGUAUAUGCGAUGCAUGCUUUGCUUGAGAAGCACCAAACAGAGCUGGCCAAGGAGGAGACGCAUCACCUCAACCAACUGCUUGCCGAGAUUGGGCCCGCGCCCGCGCAGCUACCAAGGAAGGACAACCGUGCGAUCAACCUCCCGCUGUAUAGCAAAUGGGAGACAUCCCUAGACGACUUCACCGCUGCACUCGACAUCACUCAAGAAGAAGUCUACUUCAUGGAGGCAAAGGCGACAUUUGUACUCAUCCUUCGCUCACUGCCUGCUAAUUCGGUCGUCAUGCGACGACCACUACGACUUGACCGAGUUGCCGAAGCAGCAGCAACAACGAAAAACGAUUCCGUCAUGGUGCGCAAAGGCAUCCGAGCAAUGGAACUUCUCAAUCAGUUACAAGAACUCCACAUUGUCGAUAAGGACGACAGUUACGCCUUACUUCGAGACGAGAUUGAGCAAGAGCUGAUCCAUCUGGGGUCAUUGAAGGAGAAGGUGGAGAUUGAGACGCAAAAGCUCGGCGAAGUGUUCCGAACGAUUCGCGAUCACAAUGCAUAUCUUGUCAGCCAACUGGAAACGUACAAGAGCUACCUGCACAAUGUUCGUGGCCAAUCCGAGGGCACGUCUAAACGAGGACAAUCGACCAAGGUGCUCGGGCCGUAUAAGUUCUCGCAUCAAGAGCUCGAGAAGCAGGGUGUCAUCCAGAAGAGCAAUGUACCGGAGAACCGAAGAGCCAACAUCUUCUUCAACAUCACCAGUCCCAGUCCGGGCACGUUUGUGAUCAGCUUACACUACAAGGGACGCAAUCGUGGUCUCCUCGAGCUGGACCUGAAGCUGGACGAUUUAUUGGAGAUGCAGAAAGAGCAACAAGAAGACCUCGAUCUCGAAUAUGUCCAAUUCAACGUGACGAAAGUGCUGCAGCUUCUUAACAGACGGUUUGCACGGAAGCGCACGUGAGGCAAGUCCGAUCAACAGCGGAAACCCAUGUUGGAGGAUUGAUGUGUACUUGUACGUGCCGGUACGAUGCUACGACCAGACCCCCUUUGGUGCAAGGGCAUCGCGCAGGACGGUGUGGGAUGGAUGAGCGACUUGUCUUCUUUUGUUUCUGUCUUUUUUUGGUUUCUGAUUCUUUCUUUUCUAACUUCGUGCCUAUUAUUUGUGAUACCCGUGGGAGAGGAGAGUCUGUACGAUUAUACGCCAUAACUGGGGAAAUGGGAAAGGAAAGGGGGAGGGGGGAGGGGGCAGGAAGGAAGAACAUGACAAGCACAGAUGCGGUAGAUGUUGCAGGCGUCUGGGACAAAAGGCCUCUUCUUCGGAUUGAUGGAGAAGGGAGCAGCGUGGGCCCGGUUGCUACUAUUGGGAACAAUUUAUUGAUGCGAAGGGUUUGACGAGAAACAAAGCAUACAUACAUACAUGCCUUAAAAAGAGGACAGGUUCCCGAAGGGCAUACGGUUAGAAACUGUCGAGGCAACGACGAGUGAGAGAGAGAGCGAGAGAGAGCUUUGAUAAAUCAAGCGAAAACCUAAUAAUGGAGAGAUUAUG